AUGGCUCCCUCACUUCCUUUAGCGCUUCAAGAGAAGCACGACGAAACCAAAGUCGAGUAUGUGCGACUUGGCAUUUCCGGCCUGCGCGUCUCUGUACCGAUUCUCGGAGCGAUGUCUUUGGGUUCAUCUCAGUGGUUACCCUGGGUACUGGACGAAGAUGCCUCAAUCGAGAUCCUCAAAGCAGCAUAUGAUCGGGGCAUGAACACCUGGGACACGGCAGAUAUGUAUUCGAAUGGUAUCAGUGAGGAGGUCAUUGGGAAAGCAUUGAAGAAGCACGAUAUUCCGCGCGAAAAUCUUGUCAUUAUGACCAAGUGUUGUCUUCAUGUGGCUGAUCGGCCGGACAUCUUUACGCCUCCUCUCCACCGAGAGAUGUCACAGAUUAAGGAUUUUGUCAAUCGAGGAGGUCUCUCCCGAAGUGCCAUCUUCAAGGCGGUUGAGGCAUCCCUUCGUCGCCUAGGGACCACGUACAUCGAUCUCUACCAGAUUCACCGCUUCGACUCUUUUACACCAAUCGAAGAAACGAUGCGAGCUUUGCACGAUCUAGUCGUGUCAGGUAAAGUGCGCUAUAUCGGUGCCUCCUCGAUGUGGGCAACGGAAUUCGCGCGUAUGCAAUCCAUCGCAGAGAAAAACGGCUGGACGAAGUUUGUCAGUAUGCAGAAUCACUAUAAUCUGUGUUAUCGAGAGGAGGAGCGGGAGAUGAACAGGUACUGCAACGACACUGGCGUGGGGCUCAUCCCCUGGUCACCUAACUUUGGUGGAAAGUUGGCAAAACCCCUCGGAGAAAGAUCCUCCACGAGGGCGCAGGCAUCUUCACCAGUGGGCAAUGGGCUUACCGAGGCAGAUCAGGAGAUCAUCUCUCGGGUAGAGCAUGUAGCGGAACAAAAAGGCUGGAAGAUGAGCCAAGUGGCUCUUUCCUGGCUCCGCAGCAAAGGAACGAUACCAAUUGUUGGGUUAAACUCACUGCCAAGACUUGACGAAGCCUGUGACCUCUACGCAAAGAAACUGACUGGAGAGGAGGUUGAACUUUUGGAAGAGCCCUAUGUGCCUAAGAAUAUAAUAGGGCAUGUUUGA